AUGUUGGCCUCGGGGACGUUAUUGCGUGGGGAGGAAGUUCGCCAGAGACCCACCAUCGGGCUGCAGAUUGCGCCUUUCAAUAUUUUCGAUGAAGGGGUCGAUGCUUGUUUGGAGCGCGUCGAUGACGUGGCCGCCGUCAACACGCUAUUUGUUUAUAGUCACACCUACUAUGGGAUUCCCUAUACACGCACGGCGAAUGUUCUGGCGGAUGACCAUGGCUAUCGGCCCCGAAACGACAAAGACCGCUCGUUGUGGCCGGUGUGGGUUCGUCACAACCCCAAGGAGUUUUCCGAAACGACGUUGAAGUUCAAAGCUCAACCGAAGAAUACCGAACACUACGGGCGAGACGUGUUUGCGGAAACCAUCGAGCCUGCUCGUCGUCGUGGUAUCAAAGUAUAUGCUCGCUUGCUUGAGCCUGGUCGGCUGGACGUUCAAGGGAGAAUUGCGAACUACGAUGACGUCACAUCGAUAGACCUCUUCGGCAAACUGGCGAAUCAGCCGUGCCGCCAGAAUCCCAAUUACCGAGCAUGGUGUCAGGCCAUGGUGCGUGAUUUGUACCGAAAUUACGACCUGGAUGGCUAUCAAUGGGGCGCCGAGCGCAUUGGCCCGCUGGCAGGGCUGCUCUCGCAGGGGGCCGCCCCAGGAUGCUUCUGUGAUUACUGCCAGAAGCGCGCCCAGGAAGAAGGAGUGGAUCCUUCUCGUGCUCGCCAAGGUUUUACCGAGAUGCAUGACCUGAUUCAGUCCGUUGGUAAACGAAAUGCGAGGCCUAGUAAGGGAGUGAUGAAUACAUUGCUUGGCAUCGUCAUCAAGUAUCCCGAGGUCAUCGCCUGGGAACAUCUCUGGCGAAUAGGGGUGGAAGAAGUCGCAGAAUCCAUUUACACGACGAUCAAGUCCAUCAAACCGAGUGCCCAAGUGGGGCGUCACAUUGAUAGCAAGGGAACGACCCUCAAUCCAGUUACGCGUGCCGGCACCGAUUACCUCGCGAUGGCAAAUUACAGAACGUUCUCAGAGCUAGACCAGGACACGCUGUAUGAAGUGUUCCUCGCUUUCAACGGCUAUCAAUCGCUAAAGCUUCCCAUGGUAAGCCAACUCUUCCAUAC